UAGCGGAAGAAGGCCGCGUCUGUCCAAUGUGUUGUUUUGUGUGUCGAGGAAACAAGCCAGUUGUCACCAACACACGGCUAACAAUCGCCAACAAACUCGACCAAGCGAAAAUGAAUCCGGUUAGUCGAUGUGCUUUUUCUUCUCCGCGCUGCAUACUCGUACUGUAUGCGGCUGCAACAUCAUCGUCGUUACAUUUCCAGCACACCUGUCGCUUAGGAAACUCUGUGGUGUUCGUUGUCGAACGCGGAGCAGGGCGAAGCGCGAUAACGCAAGCAAGCCGCUAUGGCGGGGCGAGCGGCGGUGAUUCUACUUGCUUUCCUGGCCGCGCUGACAGAAGGAACAUGUCCAGCUCCGCAAUUGCCCGUUGAUGGGAAUUAUCACAUAGGAGGGUACGGAAAGGGCGUCUCCAGACUUCCGUACCAGCGAGGUGAUGUCGUGACGUUGGUGUGCAAUACAGGAUUCAUCGGGAGCAUCGACGCUGUUUGUCAGUCGGACGACACGUGGAGCACUCUGUCACCAAACUGUCAACGUAUCAGUUGUCCACACCCAAGUCCACUUACGAAUGGCGGUUACCCACGCACAGACUCGGAUUACCAGGACACAAUACGUUAUCAAUGUGAUGCCGGCUUUUUCAUGGUGGGUCAUCCAAGUAAUAUUCUAACAGUACGGUGUUUGGCUGAUAGGACAUGGUCUCAGCGUAAACCCACAUGUCAACAGAUACAUUGUGCUGAUCCGGGUCCACCUUUUUAUGGUCAAUAUAUAAGAACAGGAUUGGAUUUGGGAGAUAUAAUACGAUACCGCUGUAACAGAGGUUAUGAGAUGCAGAACAUACCAAGUGACACACUCGUAGUGGCAUGUACCGGAACUGGACGAUGGUCUCGACCCAGACCUACAUGUCAACGUAUCAGUUGUCCACACCCAAGUCCACUUACGAAUGGCGUUUACCCCCGCAGAGACUCAAACUUCCUAUACCUGGACGUAUUAAGAUAUCAAUGUAAUAUAGGCUAUUUCAUGGUGGGUCAUCCAAGUGGUUUUCUAGCAGUACAGUGUUUGGCUAACAGGACAUGGUCUCAUCCUAAACCCACAUGUCAACAGAUACAUUGUGCUGAUCCGGGUCCACCUUUUUAUGGUCAAUAUAUAAGAACAGGAUUGGAUUUGGGAGAUAUAAUACGAUACCGCUGUAACAGAGGUUAUGAGAUGCCGAACAUACCAAGUGGUACCCUCACGGUGGCAUGCACCGGAACUGGACGAUGGUCUCGACUCAAACCUACAUGUCAACAACAACGCACUGCGCCAUUGCCCAGCCCUUCCUCCAGCCACAGCAAUGCACCUCCCUCUUCAUCGUCGACAGCGAAUGUCACCACAUCACCGGUGACAUCACUACCAAUAUCACCUGUUACAUCAUCGGUGACGUCAUUGCCCACAUCACCGGCCACUUCAACAACGACGAACACUGCGCGUGCACAACCACCAGCAGGUGGAGGCUCCAAUAGCACUGAUGAAGCCAGCUUAUCUCUUCACUUUUCAAUCCUGCUGGGGAUAGUUAUCGGCAUAGUGAUCAUGGCUGUCCCGUUGCUAUGGGCGUGCCGUCGCCAAUGGAGGAAGACAGUGCCCAAGGAGCACGGUGAAAGCGGUGAAACGGAACAGCAAGUCGUGCAGAUGCCGACCUUGAUGGACAACGAGGCAUACGGCUCUGCAAACGGAUCAAACGCUGAAGAAGAUACGGGCUACGAGUGUGUGGCCUAGCACAUUAUAGGAAUUAUCGGAUGAACCGGCCCCAUCGAUAUGCAUAGGUGAUUUACAUUGUAUUUCUGGUUUGGGUGAAGCUGAAGUAGAGAUUUCAAUUUUGACUUUCUUUUUCAUGUGGUAGCUAAGACUGCUGCUAUGGAACUGAUGAGGAUGCUUUGGAAUUGUUGGCAUGCACUUCCAAAUACUUCAGAGUACAUGCAUUUACAUUGCAUUGCAGUGUUAGUGUUAGUGUCCGUGAAGCAUUGCCACGUUUCUUGUGUACAAGUAGAGAUCACAUCAUACGUAACUAGUGCUGGAUGUCCAGGUUCGGCUUCCAAAUGCGGACCAGGUGAUACUGCUCUCAGUUGCUGUGAGCAGGUUGAAGUCAAGCAAUGCAUUGGCAACAGCAGCAGCAGCAUUCUGGUUCUUGAUUGAUUGAUUGAUUUUUAUUUCACGGA